AUGGCACUCUUUCAGGCCCUGUAUGACACCCCUGCAGACAAGCUGUCUGCCUUCGUGGAGCAGAAACUUCAGCCCGACGGGGACUGGAAGGAGGAAGUGAAGGAUGCCUGGCAGAGUAUUGAGCAUUUCUUCCGGGAACAGUGCUUCCGAGAUGAGCUGGUUCUAGACCAGGAAGUCAGGGUGCUGAAGGUGGUGAAGGGUGGCUCCUCUGGGAAGGGAACGACGUUGAACUACAGCUCCGAUGUGGACUUGGUCUUGUUCUUGAGCUGUUUCCCCAGCUUCCAAGACCAGGCAAAGCACCGCGGAUUGAUCAUCAGCUUCAUCGAGAAGAGACUGACUCAAUACAGCAGGAGCCUGGCCUACAGCAUCACCAUGGUCCCGUGGAGAGAGACGAACAGGGUCCCCCGCUCCCUGUCCUUCCAGGUCCAGCCCAGGAAGAACAGUGACGCCGUUGGAGUGGAUGUGCUCCCAGCCUAUGAUGCUCUGGGGCAUUUUUGCCCGGACUCUAAACCAUCACCAGAAAUCUAUGAAAACUUAAUAACCAGUCAAGCCACGCCUGGAGAGUUCUCACCAAGCUUCACAGAGUUGCAGAGGCACUUUGUGAAAAGUCGACCUGUUAAGCUAAAGAACCUCCUGCGGCUGGUGAAGCACUGGUACCUGCAGUACUUGAAACGUAAAUAUCAAAACAAAGCAUUGCCCCCAAAAUAUGCUCUGGAGCUACUGACCAUCUAUGCCUGGGAAAUAAGUACAGACAAAAGCGAGAAUUUCAACCUGGGUGAAGGGUUUAGAGCUGUGAUGGAACUCCUCAUAGAUUAUGAAAACAUCUGCAUAUAUUGGACCAAGUACUAUGAUUUCCAAAAUGAGACUGUCAGAAUCUAUCUCAAACAACAGUUGAAGGAACGCAGACCAGUUAUCCUGGACCCAGCUGAUCCUACCAACAACCUGGGAAGUAAAAAGGGAUGGGACCUGGUGGCCAGAGAGGCUGUUCACUGCCUGAGGCAGGCCUGCUGCUGGACUGAAGACCCCAGCCAGAGCUGGCAUGUACAGCCAGCAAGGGAUGUCCAGGUGACGGUGAAAAAGGCAGGAGAGGAGGCCUGGACAUUCUCAGUGAACCCCUACAGUCCCAUCUGGAAGAUGAAAGCCAAGAUCAGGAGGGCAUGGGGUUUCAGCGGGCAACAGCGUCUCUCCUUCCAGGAGCCAGGAGGGGAGCGGCAUCUGCUCAGCAGUCAGAAGACAUUAGCAUAUUAUGGGAUCUUCUCUAAGGUGAGCGUCCGGGUGCUGGAGACUUUCCCUCCUGAGAUCCAGGUCUUCGUGAAGGACUUUAGUGGUCAUAGCAAGCCUUAUGCCAUCCACCCUGAGGACUCCAUCCGUGGCUUGAAAGAGAAGAUUGAGGAAGGUGGAGGACUUUACGUGGAGGAUCAGGUACUAAAGUUCCAGAAUCGGAUACUACGGAAUCACCGCAGCCUCUCAGACCUGCAAAUCAAAGACUGUGACACCAUCAUACUCGUGAAGAGAAGCUGAGUAAGGAAAGGCCACAGGUCCCCAGGAGUGCCCAUGGUCAGGCUGCACAUGAUGUAG